AGUAGCGCCGAUACCACGUUAACAUCAUUUGCAACGAGUAAAUUCAAAAGCAACAACUAAAUUUGAAAGCGUUAAAUGCUAUUUUUAUAUAUCAAAUUACAAGUACACACACCCAUCUUCAUCGACAAUUCCAGAAAGUCGAUAACGCAAAAAACAAAAGUCUUGAGGUUUCAAAAAUGGAAUAUUUUAAUCUGAAUUUGAUGCUGUUCAUAACCACGAUGAUUCCAGUCAUGCAGUUACCCGGCACGAUGGCGCAGACCAGGCACAUCGUCGGCGGCAGUUUGGGAUGGACCAUACCUUCCGGUGGCGCAGUCUCUUACACCACUUGGGCAUCCCAUCAAUCCUUCACUGUCAACGACCUUCUCGUCUUUAACUUCACCGAUGGAGAAUACGACGUUGCGGAGGUUUCAGAGGCAGCAUACGGCCCAUGCACUGCCACCAACCCCAUCUCCCUCGCCACAAAUGGUCCCGCCACCCUUACCUUGACCACCGCAGGCACUCACUAUUACAUCUGUACAUUCAGAAGUCACUGCCAAAUUGGCCAGAAGUUAACCAUCGACGUCUCAGAAGCAGCUUCCUCCAUUCCUCCUGGAGCAACACCAGUAACUCCACCGACCAUCAGGCGUCCUCCUAGACCCGUAACAUCCAGAACAGCGGUGGAGACACCGAACACCGCAACACCCUUUGCUCCAUGUCCCCGCAUUACAUCUGCCCCACCACCACCUACCGAUGGAGCUCCAUCAUUCACCGGCAUGGUACCUUCCACGUUCUUGAUAAUUGGCUUAGUUUUCUUGAAUUGUUAAAUUUGAGAAGUGAGAGAUGAUCAUAUAUUUGUAUCAUGUUUGUUUGUGUGUAAUUUUUUUGUCCAUUAACUGAAUGUAAAACGAUUGUAUCUUCACACCAUUUAAACUUGUAAGAAUGUUUUUAUA